CGCACAUCUACUCAAAACCAAGACACUUUACUCCCUCAAUACCUAUGACACCCGGAAAUACAAUUAUAUCUUGCUCGGAACGAGUACCCGAGAGCAGAACGAACCAGAUUACCAGUUUAGCAGCAAAUCAACUUAUUCCAGCAACGUCAACAAGUCACGAAACAAGAGUGAGGCAUUUCCCAGAUCCAGUCCCGACCUUGAAUGAACCAGCAACCGCUGAUGAGCUCAUGGCGGCAGCUGGAUCUGGGAGCCCGAGCUCAUCUCAGGCAAGUAAAAAUUACUCUUGUACCGAACAAUCGCAUCUGGCAGCUUCUUUUACAUCGGCAGGUUUCCGUAACAUCACUGAUCCGCUUCAUCUGUCUCCUGAGCAACCAAUUUCAAACAAAUCAAGAGCAAAGCAUUUCCCUGAUCCAGCCCUGACCUUGAAUGUACCAGCAAUAGCUGACGAGCUCUUGGCGGCAGCUGGAUUAGGGAGCCCGAGCGCACCUCUGGCAAGUACAUCUCGCUCCAGUGCUGACCAACUCAAUCUGGCUCCUUCUGUCGCAUCAACAGGUUCCCUAGACGUUGAAGACGAAGAUCUGGCGCCACAAGGAUCGCGCACCUUUGCUAUACAAUGGAACGUUAGUGGCUUACGCACUCAUCGCAGUGAAUUACAACUUCUCCUCGCCAAAUACCAACCCGCUCUUGUAUGUCUGCACGAAACAAAUGCCCAAGAACUGAAAGUGCCAACUGAUUAUAUUGGAAAGGACUAUCAUUUGAUUCUGGGGCCUGGAGAUCCAGAUGUGACCACGUGUCGCAGAAAAUGGAUUUAUGAUCGAGCAAACUGGCGAUUAUUUGAAGAACUCACUUCCCAAAGCAUACGACCAGGACAAGCCCUAACUGUUAAGGAGUUUACAAGCAGGAUAAUAACUGCCGCAGAAGCAAGCAUCCCGAGAACAAGCGGUAAACCGGGUCGUAAAGCUGUAAGCUCAUGCAGCACUUACCUUUCUCCUGUAAAAUUGCUUUACUGGAACUUUAUAACACCAUUUGGGCUGAAGGAGAAUUUCCUGCACAAUGGAAAGAAGGACUAGUAAUUCCUAUUCCAAAACCCGGAGCAGAUCUCAGCAAACCAGAAGGUUACCGGCCAAUAACUCUCCUAAGUUGCAUGGGUAAGCUCUUUGAGAGGAUGAUUAACAGACGACUAAUCACAGAACUCGAGUCUACCGGGAAGCUGGACCACCGUCAAUAUGCAUUUCGAGCAGGAAAAGGUGUUGAAGCACAUUUGGCUCAUCUGGAAUCGCUGCUAUCGUAUGGAGAAAACAAUCACACGGAGAUCGUAUCUCUGGACAUCUCGAAGGCGUAUGAUACCACAUGGCGACCGGCGAUCCUUCGGACAUUGGCCACGUGGAAGUUUACCGGCCGUAUGCUGUACAUGUUGCAAAGCUUUCUGCAAAACAGAAAUUUUCGAGUCAUCGCUAACGGAAUGGAAUCUCAACUUAAAUCAGCAGAAAACGGUGUAGCACAAGGAUCUAUUCUAUCCGUAACCCUGUUUUUGAUCGCCAUGCAACCUAUCUUCACCAUCUGCCCUCCUGAUGUCCAAGUUCUACUAUAUGCAGACGACGUUCUUCUUGUUUCAACUGGAGGAAGUACCAGCCAAGUUCGCAAACAACUCAGAGCUGCAGUCCACUCGAUAGUGAAGUGGACCACCAGUGUCGGCUUUAAUAUUGCGCCGAAAAAAUCCCAACUCAUCCAUAUUUGCAGUUUAAACCAUCGAAAACGUGGUCGCGCGAUCAAAAUCAACAAUACACCGAUACCCAGAGUCAGGAAGAUGAGAAUUCUAGGGGUUCUGGUAGAUUCGAGGCUCAACUUUCUUCAACACUUCUCCAACACACAAAAAAACUGCAGUACUAGAAUGAAUGUAAUUAGAAUCCUAGGAAGUCGUCUCAAGAGAAGCCACCGAACAACACUCCUCAACGUAGGCUCAGCUUUAAUAGUUUCAAAAUUACUUUUCGGUCUAGUACUUACAAGCACAAACUUUGAGGCGAUGGUUAAAAGACUGAGUCCAACCUACAACAACAUGAUUCGUCUUGCAACGGGAGCCUUUUGUACCAGUCCGGUCUUAUCGAU